GAUUUGUUUAGUUUUCAUGAUGUCCAAUACAUUCUUAAGGACUGUUCUCUUAACUCUUUACGUAAUGAUCCUGUGACUAAGGCAUUAGACUUGUAUUAUCCCAUGUAUAACCCACAACAAAAGGUUUGCGUUGUUGGUUCUGUUAAUGGAUUGAUUUGUCUUUCCAUCAAGGACUUGGUUUUAUGGAAUCCGUCAAUGAGAUUGUUCAGGCACUUAGCUGAUUCUGGACUUAGAGUUAGCGGUGAUUGUAGUGUCGUCUAUGGUUUUGGAUAUGAUGAUUAUAAGGUAGUUGGUGUGCUUUUUAUGCAUGGAUUUCUCAUUUUGGAGGAUCAUGUUGUGGUCAAAAUAUGUAGUCUAAAGAGCAAUUCUUGGAGUAGUAUGGAUGAUAUUCCGGUUGUGGUGCGAUUGACUAAACCAUUUAAAUUUGUAAAUGGGAAGCUUCAUUGGGCUGGGGUGCUUAGUUGGUCUAAUAAUAUUUAUGGUGGUUUUCAUAAGGACUGGAACAUCGUUUCUAUUGAUUUGGCUGAUGAGAAACCGGGAGAGGUGGAACAGCCUCGCUAUGGAGAAGGAGGCUUUUGUUUGAAUCUUGAAGUGCUGGGAAGUGAUCUUUCUGUUUUAUGUAACUGUAUAAAAAACUAUAUAGAAAGUUACAUGUGGGUUAUGAGAGAGUAUGGAGUUAAAGAGUCUUGGACAAAAAUGUAUACAAUAAAAAAUCGCGGUGAUGUGAUUUCUCUUUUUUUCCCUCAAAUACUUUGCAUAUCAAACAAAGGUGAUAUAUUGCUUGUGCCUGGGUCGACUAUGAUGGUACGGAAUCCAGAGGUUGAACCUAUCAGAUAUCCAAAGGUUACCAACUUUGGUUCUUGUAAUGCAGUGAACAUCUACAUUGAAAGCCUAGUUUGUGCCACCCCUUUUUGGAAUGCACAGAGCAAGAAUAAAGGCUGCUGAAGAUGAAUGACAAUGUGUAGCUAAUGACUUUUCAAAUGUAGAGAAAGACAUUGCAUAUUUUAGGGACAUCCUCACACCACAUCUUCUUGGAGAUCUUAUUUGUCCUUCUCCUCUUUGCAUAUUUUCAUGAAUAGCUUCUUUUUGUGACUCUUAUUUGGUUGUAGUUUUUGGUGUUUAAGGGAAUAUGAUGUCCCUCAACAUAGAGUACGAUAAGGAGCGCCAGGGACAUGAAAAUAACGCAACAUGAAAGCACCAACAACGAUAGGCAUAGCCAUCACCAGGAUUCUAGGGCCUUCACAUCUAUCCUCUUUGAAUUGAAACUUAACAAGUCGCUGGGAUAUAAGAGAAAGAAAUACCUGGAUGAACUACGUUUCAGUUGGAAUUGGGUAGAGGAAAGAGAAGACACAUGGCUUGGAAUGUGGACCCUUUGGAGAAAAAGAAAAAGGAGAGCUUUGGAAGGGUAGAGAUGAAUUUUGGAUAAUUGAGAAGUAGUGUCUUAGCCUUUAUAGGUGCAUCGAUGAGGUCAUGUAUAGAAAACAGGGUGUCUUUAGAAUCAUAUCUUUUUGUAGGUUUUCAACUUUUUGGUAUACUUCUCGUAUAGAGGCUUUGUUAUGCCAAACUUGUUACUUUAUCGGGGAGAAAAGUGAGCCCUAUUUGUUAUGAUUAUG